AGAAGAUUUUUAUAAUGACUGCAUUGAAAAUUUGCUGCAUAAUCAGAAUUUUGGUUUAUUAUGGCCACUCUAUGAUUAUUAUUGGAAAUUGAACUCAUAUUUGAAAUUGAAGCCUUCAAUACUUAGAGCUCUAAUUAUAAUUUAUGCAAAAAACAAUAGAGAUCAACGAGCUCGGCAUUUACUGCCAAUUUUGAUAACAAAAGGAAUUUAUAAGGUAACCAAGCCCUCUUUAUCAACAUUUCCUAAUUGCCUACACAUUCAAGAUGACUGGACCAAAGAAGAAAUAAGGCUAGUUGUGGAUUACUAUUUACAUGAAUUGUGUAUCUUAUUACAUAAUAUCAAAGAUAACAAAUAUACCUAUCAAAAUUUGUUUUCUCUACAUAUUAUUUUACAAAAAACCACCAACAUUCAAGACAAUAUUUCAAAAAAAUAUUUUCCUAUUUUGCCAUUUAAAAUAGUACUCAUGCAAGUUAUUGAUGUUUUGAAAACAUUACCUGUCUCUCUGGAUGGCGAGAGAAAAAGUGAAAAUAAAUUUACUGUGAGACCUGGUUCAUUUCACAAUUAUUUUCAGACUUGGCAUCUAAAAAACUAUGGAACAAGAAAGAAUAUAGAAUCUAAAAAGGCAAAUUUUACCACAAAUACUGCAAAUAGAUUAUUGCCAGCAAACAAUCCAUGUUUAUUACUAGGUCCAGAUGAUAAAGAAGUAGAGACUUAUAUCAGUAAUGUAAGACACAAAGCUGAUAUAAAUUUUUCAAGUUCGCUUGAUACUAAUGAAGAUGAACAGAAUUAUCAAUUUUCUGAAAGGCAAGAGAUGCAUAAUAGUUCAUCUAAUAGUGUAUUAAAAAAUCAUGCAUGUGGUGUACCCUUUAACAAAUAUGGAGAAUUACCAUCAGAUGAUAUUUAUAACACAAGUGAACUUAAUGACAAUAGAGUUAAGAAAGUUAAGAAUCAUCAGAAAUGUAAUCUCUCAUUUAUUUCAAAACAACAUAAUGUCAGUGAUAAAAUAGAAAAUAAUAUGAUGCAAAAGCCAUUAAAAAAUACCUGUUCCAAAAAAGUGAUUUUAAAUAAUAGGAUCAGUUCAAUAGAGGAAAAUGGUCAUAAAAUGUCACAUCCAUCUACUUCUACUGCAAAUAAUUAUUCAAAUGAGUCAUCAAAUGCAAAUAUUUUUCACUUGGAUCUAAGUCCUUAUAAAAAUAAUUCUCUUUUACCAAAUAAUUGUGAAAAUAAUACAAAUAGUUUAUUGAAUUAUCCAAAUAUGCAUUCAACUCCAAAUUUGAGUAAAAAAACAGAAACAAGGAAGCAGAAAUAUUUCAGGAACUGUAAAAAUAAAUUUAAAAAAAACAUAAAAUCAAAAAAUAAUUAUCAUCAAUGUAAAUGGACUAAAAGAAAAAGACAGAGUGAACUGUUAGGAUCAUCUUCAGUAAGAAAACAAGAAGUGUAUAAGAAGAAAGAUUCAUUUCGUGAUACUGUUUCUUAUAAUAAAAUAUACAAUUUUAUAAAAAGUCAAUUGUUACAUCAGGAGAAAGAAAUCAUUUUGGAAAAGGACUUGGAAGAGGAAACACAAGAAUUGACUGUUAGGUUCAUGGAAGAAAGUUUAAGUGAAAAUAACGACCGACGAUUAUUAGACAAGAAAGACAUGAAAGAACUUGAUGCAUUCUGCAAACGUUACAUUAAUGAAAGAAGGUGAUUACUUUGACAAAUAUCUUUUACAGUGGAUAACGAAUUCUGGUAGGAGAUGAGAUUCAUUUAAUUGGAGAAUUCGGACAAUAGUAUUGCAAUGAGAAUUUGCUUUAAAAUUUUCUGAAAUAUGGGUACAUAUCUAAAUAUGUUGCAUGAAAUGUUUUUAAACCAUUGCUCUGUUUAUAAGAGCAUAGAAUUUUAUAUUGUUUCUCUGUAAAAUGCGGUACGUGUGACACUAUUUCUGUAAAAUAAAAAGUUUUGUCGCAAAUAUUACUUUUACUGAAUUAUUAUAAUCUUUGGUAUCCGUUUUGAAAUAUUAAAAAUUAUUUUCUGAAUUA